UAUAUACACGCCCUCCACCCCCAUCGCUGCAGUGUCUCAACUGCCUUGGAGCAAACAAGAGAGGAUAUAGAACACAGACGUUUAAUAAGACAGAGCAAGCGGGGUGCUGAGAAAGAGAGAGAGUGAUUCGAGUGUGUGUGCGUGUGACCCUGUGUUUAAGAGAAAGAUAUGAAGAUGGAGCAGCAGGACUAAAGGUGGAUUGCACUUUCUCUCCCUGCAAGGGCUUGUCUGCAGUAUCCUUUGUAAAUGGAUGCUGGCUUGUGAGCACGACUCUGAGGCCUUCAGUUGUCGGGGAAAUAUCACGCCACAGGAGAAGCAGAAAAUAUUUUAUCGGGAAGAUCAAGCAGAACAGACCAAUAUCGAACUGAGGUGGAGGGUUGCAGAAGCCAAACAAGGGCAACGCAGAACAAGAGCCAUGUGGGAGGAGAGUGAGGCGGUUUUGCUAUUCGCACGUAUCAAGCCCAAACACUUUCUCUACUGACAUACGCUGAACGUUCCGCAGCCCUCCUCCAGAGCUUUUCCUCAGGGGGAGCUCCUGCUAUGAACCCCAGCUCCCUUGACUUCAGCAGGCAGUCCAACCUCAGUGCUAGGCGCUGUGUGGGCAUCCCACAAGUCUGGGUUCUGCCCACACAGGACUCACAGACUGCCCCUGAACAAAAAGAAUGAAAUACUCCUGAGUCACUCCUGUGUGGUGGCUCUUCUGUCUAGUGUUAAAUUGGUCUGUUGGGAAGUUCUGUCUACCUCUUCCCCAGCAAGCACCUACCUUUAGUGAAAACCCUCUCCAACUCUUCCACCAGCUACUUUUUGGUUACCACUUCGUUGUAAUUUGCUUUCCCAUCAAGCAGCAGCACGAGUUCCUUUGUGCUCACCACGUGGUGGAGGACCAUGGGAUGCCGUCAGAGCUCGGAGGAGAAGGAAGCGGCGCGGCGCUCGCGGCGAAUCGACCGCCACUUGCGCUCAGAAAGUCAGCGGCAGCGGCGUGAGAUCAAGCUAUUGUUGCUGGGUACCAGCAACUCGGGCAAGAGUACCAUUGUCAAACAGAUGAAGAUCAUCCACAGUGGAGGCUUCAACCUGGAGGCUUGCAAGGAGUACAAGCCCCUGAUCCUGUACAAUGCCAUUGACUCACUCACCCGCAUCAUCCGAGCCCUCACCACCCUCAAGAUCGACUUUCACAAUCCCGAUCGCGCUUAUGAUGCUGUGCAGCUCUUUGCCCUCACAGGGCCGGCGGAGAGCAAGGGGGAGAUCACUCCAGAGUUACUGGGGGUCAUGAAACGUCUGUGGGCUGACUCAGGGGUCCAGGAGUGCUUUCAACGAUCCAAUGAAUACCACUUAGAGGACAACACUGCCUACUACCUGAAUGACCUGGACCGCAUUUCUGCAGCUGAGUACAUCCCUACUGUAGAGGACAUCCUACGAUCACGGGACAUGACAACCGGCAUCGUGGAGAACAAGUUCACCUUCAAGGAGCUCACCUUCAAGAUGGUAGAUGUGGGUGGACAGCGUUCGGAGAGAAAGAAGUGGAUCCACUGCUUUGAGGGCGUGACUGCAAUCAUUUUCUGUGUCGAGCUAAGUGGCUAUGACCUCAAACUCUACGAGGACAACCAGACGAGCCGUAUGGCCGAGAGCUUGCGCCUAUUUGACUCCAUCUGUAACAACAACUGGUUCACCAACACGUCGCUCAUCCUCUUUCUCAACAAGAAGGACCUGUUGGCGGAGAAGAUCAAACGCAUUCCUCUGACAGUGUGCUUCCCUGACUACAAAGGUCAGAACACCUACGAGGAGGCAGCCGUCUAUGUGCAACGGCAGUUUGAGGACCUCAACCGCAACAAGGAGACCAAGGAGAUCUAUUCGCACUUCACCUGUGCCACUGACACCAGCAACAUCCAGUUUGUGUUCGACGCUGUCACGGACGUGAUCAUCCAGAACAAUCUCAAGUACAUUGGGCUUUGCUAGGACCUGGCGCUGGGUGGGUGGGGCUGUUUGGGGGUGGGGGUAAAGCGGGCUGCUUGGCAGCAGUUGGCCCGCCAUCAGGCUGGAUAAACAAAAGGCAUAUCAGUCUGCCUGACGGUUUAUCUAUUUAAAAAGGUGCAAGAGAGAACUACAAAGGAAAUGAGGAAGUAAGAUGGUCAGGGAUGGACAAUACUGUAGUGUUUCACUUGAAACAACAGAGCUGAUGGGCCAUGGUCAAGAUGGGAUUUUUACCCAAUGUGUUUGCACUGAAUAUGCUGAGUAUGCAGAGACAACCAAACACACAAACACACACACUGACACACAUCCUUACGUUUGCUCUCACACACACACGAGAUCUUUGGAUCAACAGUCAAGCACUUGUUUGACAAGGCAACACUGGAAAUUUUAGACAGCUACCCCUACCUGCCUGCCAAACCCGAGGUAGUAGGUCUGUACUGGUGGUUUGCAGUUACUUUUGUCUCCUUUAUUUUACUUUGCCUGAGUCAAUUAAUGCUGCUUUACAAGAAGAAUUUUGACUAAAUCAAUGUCCUCUUUUGGAUUUCACCCUAACAAUACUAGUGAGAGCACCUGAUGAGACGUGUGGAAGUCCUGUAUUACUGAAGGGGUGGGGGGGUUUGUCAGUAGACAUGAUGUCGCAGGGUUUCUGCCUAAAAGAGGAAACUGCCACAGUGUAAAGCUGAAGUGAAAUAUGUUUUCUACACACUAUUUCUGUUUUGCCCCAUGGUUGACUCUAAUGUUGUUCUAAAUGUUCUUUCGCCCUCUUUCUGUUAUCUUUUUUGUGCUUAAAAAAAAAAAAGAAUAUGUCUCGCAAACCUGCCUUUUAUAGCAGGUCACUGACUUAUAAUACCAGGAGAGUGUUAUGCUCGGUAGAGUCAAAAGUAUUCUUUAUGAUCAUUCCAGUUUCCAGCAAGAGACAACAAAAACAGUGCCAAGAUCAAUUUGUAAAUAAAACCAGAUCCCAUCCAUUACGUACAUUUUAUUGUUUUGUUUUGUUUUUAUGGACAAAAACAUUAAAACAUGCAUGAUUUUGUUACUUUGGGAUACUAAUAUAUUUUAUUUGGAAUUAAGUUCCUUUUUCCUUAGGUUUAAAUAAUAUAUUCCCAAAAAUAUAUAUAAAAGUCAAACACUGUGUACGAUUGUACAGUUGUCAGAGAGGAAUCUAUUGAAAAGAGUUAUAUCAAUAUAAUAACGGUAAUUUGAUAUUAUGGUGAUGUUGAUGAUGAUGGUGAAAAAGAUUACAAUGAUGAUGAUGAUAGUGGUGUGGAUGAUUACUACGAUGACAAGGAAAAUUUCACUACAAAGUUAGCAUGAGAGGAGAAAAUGGAUCGAAGGACAACAUGACGAAGAAUGAAGAAGCUAAACCAUGAAAGUUCAAUCCUCCUUGCAUUAUCUAAGUGGAAAUUGUUAAACAGCCAGUCAGUAUGAUGUGUAAAUAUACUGUAAGGUACACUCUUUGUUCAAAGAAAUGAAAAUAAAGGUUGAGUUGGGUUACUGUCAGAGAGAUAAAGAGAGAGCGAGAGAAAGAGAAGGAGGAAAACCCCACUCCACUCCUCCUCUUACCCUUUCUUUUCUGUUAAGAGGGUGACGUGCAAGCAACUCAGCUAAGGGCUUCAGGCGUAACUUUACAGGAUGUCCACUUCAACAAAAGACAAAACCAUUAAAAAAGAAGUAUAAAAAGGACAUUAACUAUGAAUAAAACAACUUAUGCA